AUGAGCUUCCACGCAUCUGCUUCCAACAUUGAGCUUGAGGAUGGACACAUCCUCAAGGCUACCCUUCGCACUGAGGAUGGUGACGAGCAGGAGUCCACCAUCGACCUCAAUGAUCACAUCGGGAACGACAAUGGCCGAUUCCACUGGGAUGGUGGUGACUUCCAGUCCACCGCCGAGGAUAUCAGCUUCGAUCUCGAGGGAGAUGACAACGUCCCUAUUCUGCGGGCUACCUUGAACGACGUGGAUGGAAACGGAUGCCCAGCGGAUAUCAACCUGUCCGAGCGCAUUGGGAAUGACAAUGGGCAGUUGGUCUUCAUUUAG